AUGAGAAAACAGUAUGAAAACCACACCAUGGUCACACAAUUCAUCUUGGAGGGUUUCCAUGGUGAUCUAGAGCUACAGCUGGCUCUGUCUGGCCUCUUCUUGCUGUUGUAUGUCACCACCUUGAUAGGGAAUAUUGGAAUGAUAGCUAUCAUCACUGUUGAUGCCCAACUCCACAGUCCUAUGUACUUCUUCUUGAAGAACUUAUCCUUUUUGGAUGUCUGCUACUCUUCUGUCAUCACUCCCAAAGCCAUGCUGAGCUUUGCAACUGGAAAUAAGGCCAUUUCCUACAACGGGUGUGCCAUUCAAAUGUUCUUCUUCGUUCUCUUUGGGACCACCGAAUGCUUUUUCUUAGCUGUGAUGGCAUAUGAUCGGUUCAUUGCCAUCUGCAAUCCACUGCUUUACAGUGUCACUACGUCCAAGAUGACCUGUGUACUUCUGGUGGCUAUUUCUUAUUUCUUUGACUUCCUCAAUUGUUGCACACAGACAGGCCUUACAUUCAGUUUGUUCUAUUGUGAGCCAGGGAAGAUCAACCAGUUCUUUUGUGAUGUCCCAGCUGUCAUGAAGGCCUCUUGCUCAGACACAUUUGCAAAUGAAAUUGUGCUCUUAGGGAUGUGUGGGUUUAUCAUUGUUAUAACCUCCACAAUUGUCCUGAUCUCCUACGGCUAUAUUGUGGCCACAAUCCUGUGCAUACCUUCUGUGGAAGGAAGACACAAAGCCUUCUCAACCUGUACUUCCCAUAUCACGGCUGUAAUCUUGUUCUUUGGGACAGCUUUCUUUAUGUAUGGCCAGCCUGGGGCUCUCUCUAGUCCUAACCAAGGCAAAGUGGUAUCUGUCUUCUACACCAUUGUCACCCCAAUGUUGAAUCCAUUAAUCUACAGCCUAAGAAACAAGGAGGUCAAAGAUGCCUUGAGGAGGCAGCUGGGAAGGAUGGCUUUCAUCAAAUAA